CCCAGCUACCGAAUAGCCACGGGCCCGUCCCGCAUUCUCAGUCCGAGGGCGCUUCUCCCAGCAACGACUUGCCGCAGGUCCCUGGUGUUACAGAGGGACACCAGGGCACGCGCGGGUACGAGUGGGUGGCAUGGGGUCGACUGUGGCAGGUCGUGGCAUGGCAUGACUCUCAUUUCAUGGCACCGACGAUGUUACUGCGCGAGGAAGGCAGUGCAAAAAGCCGUGUGCAGCCCAGCUACCGAAUAUCGCAGUGUUUUUUCAAAGGAUAUGUAGUGGGACACCAACACUCGUCUGAUGUUGCUCUCAGCGCCUGUGAUGGACUUAGUGGCGUGAUAAGAGUGGGCGAUGAUAUUUAUUUCCUCGAGCCAAUCGAGCUGGACGCUGAUGGAACGAGAAUUGAGGAUCGCGAUCCAAGUAAUUCUCAUGGAAGCUCUACCAAUGAAUCUUCUGGACCGCGGUCGGCUGAAGCGUCACGCGCAUCCAGCAAUACACUCCUCACACGCUCGUCGAGCAGUCCUUUACAUGAGUGGUACUCCAACCCUGCAAGAAUUCCCGAUAAAGAGGCAUCCACUGAAGAAGAUUACACAGUCGAAGAAGAGGUUCGGAAUAAAUUGUCGAGAUUAGCGCGAUUAGAUAGUCUUUCAAAAGAAGAAAAAGACGAGCUGUCCAAAGAGAAAAAAGUAGAAGAUGUGGGCGACGAAGGCGAAGAAACAUUCUUACCUGACGGUGACUACUCUAUAUUCGGAGAAGAUCGUGUGUCCUCCGUGGCAACUCCUCCGAGAUUACAUAUUUUUCGGAAGGCUGGGCUAAGCUCGGGACUUCUGAGCAGCAAUUCAAAAUUUAGACAAAAAAGAAGUACAAACGACCAAGAUUUUCCUGGUAGUCAUGCUAGAACGUUGUGGAGAAAUGGGCACGAGGUUUUAAACGAUACCAGUGACAGCGAUCGCCUCAAUGCAAGGAAAAACGUGCUCCACGAUACGGAGCACCGAGAUCUACACACAAGAUUGGGCAGCAGUCGAUACGACGCUUUACACAUUUGCGACGCUACCG